AUGUCUGAUAGAAAUUUCAAACUGCUUCAAAUGUUUAACGAUUAUCUCGAUAAUAACAAGAAUUUGCCGAGUGUAAGUAUCAAAUUCAAAAAUCAAACAGAUUUAUCUAAAAUUAAAUUUAGGCUAUGUCGUCACAACAAAAUAUUCCGGACUGUCCGGUUCUCCUGAAUAUGUCGGAAGAGGAAAAAACGCGAAUAACGAUUCGAAAAAUUUUGGAUGAAGAGCAAGAAGUUUAUGAGCAAUAUCAACCAUUUCGACCGGUUUUAUUGAAUGAAGUCGAUUAUGAAUUGAAAUGGUUUUUGAAAUAUAAUCCGAGUUUGAAUCAAGAACAACCUCGUGAAUCAUUGAUUCUUGGAAAGAAAUUAUUGCAACUUAUUAUAAAAGCACAACUUUUUGAAGCGCAUUCUUUCAAAUCGGAUGAUGUUAGAAUUUUGUAUUGCUUCUUUACUGAAAUUAAACAACCACCAACAUUAAAGGUAGUUUGGUUUCUAACAUAAGAAGUCAGAGAAAAUUUAGCUGAUUGUUUUCAGCUGAUCGAAGUUUUAGAUGGAAUAUUCUCAGCAGCUUUGCAACAAAUUUGCACAUUUUCUGAUCGCGUUUCAGUUAUGAUUGAUUAUCAAGUUCGAGAAUUUAUUCGAGACCCGAAUCGAGCAAAACGAUCAAUUCUUAAAUCAAUGCUUCGACAUCCGGAAUUAAUUCCUGAAUGUUGGGGAUCGGAAGCUGCACAAGUUAGAUGGAGAGAUGGAAAAGAAAUUGAAAGAUUGAGAGCAAUUGAGGAGGAAAAAGAAAGACAAAUUGUGAUUGCGAAAGAAUUGGAGGAAAAAGAAAAGAAGGAACGAGAAGAGAAAGAAAAAGAAGAAAAAGAAAAAGAGGAAAAAGAAAAGGAAGAAAAAGAGAAAGAAGAAAAAGAAAAGAUAAAAGAUAAGAAGAAAGAAGAGGAAAAAGAAGAGAAAAAACGGAAAAAAAGAAAAAGAAAAAGAAGAAAAGGAGAAGGAAAAAGCUGA